UAUAGAGUCGGCUCGCGCGCUCGCACCUCGCGCCUUUACAACUUGAUACAGCUCUCCGGCGCGCGAAGGACUGUGUUGGAUUUGAGAAACGAGCGCGGCGCAUAAAUUCAUAAUAUAUAUAUUGCGCCUUGUAAAGUUCGAGCGCGCAUCAUUUCAAAUCAAUUACAGCAGAGUAGUGUUCGAACUAAGUAACGAGCCAAGUCGGCGUCGUCACGUGCACUCUCCGAUCGAGUAUCAAAAACUCGUUUUCGUUUUGUCUUUCGCUCGUUGCAUCUCUCUUUCUUUCGAGAGAGAUCGAGGAUUCAGCAAUAUAUUUUUAAACGCGAAUCUGUGCCAAUGAACCGAGGCUCGUGCAUCGUUCGUUAUUAUCAUCAUCAUCAUCGUCAUUAUUAUUAGUUAAAAAAUAAAAAAAAAAGUGACAAACAGUAUAAAAAAGAUUCUAAUUAUUGAGUGAAAAAUAAAAAAAAGAAUUACAGCAGAGCCGCUGCUGCUGCCGCACUGUCGGGGAACUUGACAGCUUGCGCCGUACUCACGAAUUUAUACUUCGACGUAUACUACGCAUCGAAGACGAAGAAGAAGAAGUACGUAUAUAAUACGGCGUUGGCGCAUCGGCAACAAUAUAUAACUCAAUCGACUCGCAGGAUCGGCAAGCCUAUAUACACGUAUACGCAGCUCGCGAUACGCGUUGCAGAAGAGGAGUCAAUUUGUAAUCGGACGCGAGUGAAGAAGCAUCGCGAAGAUCUAUCGCGCUUGAAGAGGCUCUCUUGCUCUCUUUCACUGACUGACUACCGGUAGGCCAAGACUUUUUAAGUUAACGAUUGUAAAUUACAGCUUGCCGACGCGCGUGUGUGUGUGUGUGUGUGCUCUACCGAAGCGCAUCCGUGAUCCUGACUCGAAUCGAGACAGACGUGCUGCUGCUGCUGCUGCUUCUGUUGUUGAAAAAUAAGUAUAAGACGCAUCGAGGCUCAGCUGCCGUAGAAAACUCAGGGAGAUCGCAGAAGUGCGAUAAAUCAAUCGAGAUGGGGCGAUCGGUUGGACCCUUGAAACGCAUUUGCUGCUUCCUGGUGCAGUAGUGCGACGGCAAAGAUUUUAAGAGGCCUAUACACUUUUGACGACAGUCGGUUCGACAUCUCGAGAUAAUCAUGUAUCUGGAAGAAAGCGUAGCGCAGAAUGCCGUCGAGCAAACAGGCUUCGGCAGAUUCAAUUUCAAAGUCGUGGCCGUGUCGACCCUGAUGUAUCUCAACUGCGCCUUCGGCAUCACGAGCAUCGGCUUCGUCAUCACCACGGCCGCCUGCGACUUUCAAUUGACGACCAUCGACAAGGGACGCAUCAACGCGGCUCCCAUGCUGGGUAUGCUAAUUGGCUCGAGUAUAUGGGGUUUCUUGGCCGACGUCAAGGGUCGACGACUGGCUCUGCUAUUGGCGCUGUUUCUGCAGUUCGCCGCCGACGCCUUGUCGUCGCUCGUGCCGAGCUACUGGGCCCUGGUGUUCUUGAAAUUCCUCAGCGGCGUGGGUGUUACGGGACAGUUGUCAAUUAGUUUCACCUAUCUCGGGGAAUUUCAGCCGACCAAGUACCGACAUCGUAUCCUCUCGUGGAUGGAAUUCUCAUGGGCCAUCGGAGUAAUCAUCGUUGCUCUUCUGGCAUGGGCCGUCAUUCCCUUGGAUUUCUCCUACAAGGCGGGAGUGUUCACGUUCAGCUCGUGGAAUCUCUUCGUGCUGACGAGCUCUCUACCGGCGUUCUUCGUCUGGCUGUGGCUGCUCACCCUGCCCGAGACGCCGAAAUUUCUCGCCGAGACCGGACAGAGGGACAUUCUGCUGAAAGUACUGACGCGAAUGUUCGUGGAGAAUACCGGAAAAACUGCAGAGGAUUUCAGAGAAAAACUAGCGACCUGCGGUCUGCCGUCGAUCAGCUGUCUGGUAGCAAUGAGCGAGAACGGCAGCGCCGCCAAAUCCGACACGUCCUCGAAAAAAGUCCUGACCAAACUCGAGAAGUUCCAUCAUCUGGUGGACACGUCGAAGGCGCAGGUGAAAAUGUUGGCGCGGAAGCCUUACGUCACGAGACUCCUGACGGUCGGCGUCAUCAUGUUCGGCAUGACCUCGACGUAUUACUCCUUGAUGACGUGGUUCCCCGAGCUGUUCCAGAGAUUCGCUUACUUCGAGGCCAACUAUCCCGACGAGUUCGCUAGCGUUUGCACGGUUUCCAAAAAAAUGGACGUAUCGUCGAAUCUCACUGUAAAUAUAAACGACACCGUUGACCUAUAUGGCUGCUUCACCGAGAUCGACACGAGCGUCUACGUGAACUCAAUCUGGCUCGGAGUAGCCUGUUUCCCUUGUGCCAUUCUACUUCCGCUGACGGUCGACUAUAUCGGCUAUCAGGUCUACCUGCUUUUCACUGCGACGGUCUCGUGCGCCGUCACGAUAGCCUUCUACUUCGUGAAAACCUCCGCCCAGAAUCUCGUGCUCUCCUGCAUCUUCGAAGCAUUUACCUCUAUCAACAUAAGCGUCAUAUUCUGCAUACUCGUCGAGAUUUUCCCCACGAAUCUUAGAGUAAUGGCAACAGCCAUCACCAUAUUCCUCGGUCGUCUGGGCUCUCUGUUCGGAAACAUGUUGUUCGGCUACCUCAUCGACGAGUACUGCAGCAUACUCAUCAUCGUGAUGGCGGCUCAACUGUUUCUCGCUGCGGCUCUUUGCUGGGCCACGCCGAAUCGAGGGAAGAUGCGACGAAUUCAGAAUGAUUUUAACGACCCGUCGUAAAAGGCUGCUAUUAAGUGUAUAUCGAUUUUUCAAGAGGCCAAAGUAUUAAGAAGAAAAAAAAUAGUGAUUCCUCGAAUUCUCAAUUUUUAAUAUUAUUCCUAACUCUCAUUAAAAUUUACGUCAGCAUUAUAUAUUUUAAUGAAUAUGUUUUCUUGUAAUAAUAUAAGUGAUCGAAGACAAAACUAAGGAAAUGAAAAAUUAUCAUAUUUUUUAUAAAAAUUAAAAUUACUUAAAUUAAUGUGAUAGAUGAAUUCCGAAUGCAAAUAGAA